AUCUUUCUCUCUCUAAACUGACGGCCUUUGAAAAGAUUCCCUCUCUCUCUCUCUCUCUCUCUACACCAAAAAUUACUUGGCAUAAAAACAAAGGAAUAUACCUUUUAGAGAGAGAGAGAGAGAGAGGGAGAGAGUUACAGUUUGUGGAAUUUUUUGGCUGAAGCGGAAUCGAUUUUCAGAGGAUUGGUUUUAUUGUUGUUAUGGCAAUUGUAAGUAUGGAGUUGUGAACUUCUCAGGAACUGGAACUUGAAAAAUCUAUAGCGGUACAAGGGGUUGGGUUUGGGUGAAUUUCUUAAGGGGACCUGAAGCUAGAUUUUGGAUAUUGAAUACAUUUCUUCAAGCCUUUUUUUUAGAAUUCGUGGCUAAUCGAAAUUGGUUGUCGUUUUGGGAUGCUGAAUUACGACAUUUGGAUUCUUGAUUGGUAGCAAAUGAAGAUGGAGUUUGUGCAAUUGCCUAGUUGAUUUGUUGGCAAUUGAAGAGGUAGCUUUAAGGGAAAUAUAUUGAAAAUAUAUGGCAACGUCAAGUGAGAGAUGGAUCGAUAGACUUCAAUUGUCCUCCUUAUUUUGGCCUCCCCCAGAUGAUGAUCAGCAAAGAAAGGCUCAGUGUUCUGCAUAUGUUGAGUACUUGGGUCAGUUUACAUCAGAACGAUUCUCAGAGGACAUUGCUGAGUUAUUCAAUGAACAGCUGAUUCGGAGCCGUUUCCAAUCAAAGGAAAAGCGCCUCUUCGAUGAUGUUUUAGCUGUGUUUGUCUUUCAUCAUCCCGAGCAUGGGCAUGCUAUUAUUCUUCCAAUCAUUUCUUGUAUAAUUGAUGGCACCCUGGAAUAUAACAGAAAUGACCCUCCAUUUGUCUCUUUCAUAUCCUUAUUCUGCCCGGGAACAGAGAACCAUUAUUCUGAACAAUGGGCCCUUGCAUGUGGGGAGAUACUCCGGAUCUUGACUCAUUACAAUCGUCCAAUAUACAAGAUGGAACAAAAGAAUGGUGAAACAGAAAGAAGCAAUAGUGGCUACGUUGCUACGAAUAGUGACACCAAUGAUGGGGAAUUUGUUCAAGUGCCUCUACAACACGAGAGGAAACCUAUAAGACCUUUGUCCCCAUGGAUUACUGAUAUAUUGCUAGCUGCACCAUUGGGCAUCAGAAGCGACUAUUUCCGCUGGUGCAGUGGUGUUAUGGGUAAAUAUGCUGCUGGAGAGCUCAGGCCACCCACAUCAGCUUCUUCUCGUGGAUCUGGAAAACACCCUCAGCUAAUACCAUCAACUCCAAGAUGGGCCGUCGCAAAUGGUGCUGGAGUCAUAUUGAGUGUUUGUGAUGAAGAAGUUGCUCGGUAUGAGACUGCAACUCUAACAGCAGCUGCUGUUCCUGCGCUUCUUCUUCCUCCCCCUACAACAGCUUUAGAUGAACAUUUAGUUGCUGGGCUACCAGCUCUUGAGCCAUAUGCACGCUUAUUUCAUAGAUAUUAUGCCAUUGCUACUCCCAGUGCUACCCAAAGGCUUCUUCUUGGACUCUUAGAAGCACCUCCAUCUUGGGCUCCAGAUGCACUUGAUGCAGCUGUACAGCUUGUAGAGCUUCUUCGAGCUGCUGAAGAGUAUGCAACUGGCAUUAGGCUUCCUAGAAACUGGAUGCAUUUACAUUUCUUGCGUGCCAUUGGCACUGCAAUGUCCAUGAGAGCUGGUAUUGCUGCUGAUGCUGCAGCAGCCUUGCUUUUUCGCAUACUGUCCCAACCCGCAUUGCUUUUUCCGCCACUACGACAAGUUGAGGGAAGUGAAGUUCAAUAUGAAUCUUUGGGUGGCUAUGAUUCAUCAUACAGGGAACAGAUCGAAGUGCCUGCAGCAGAAGCUACAACUGAAGCUACUGCUCAAGGAAUUGCGUCGAUGCUUUGUGCACAUGGCCCUGAAGUUGAAUGGAGAAUUUGUACCAUCUGGGAAGCUGCUUAUGGCUUGAUUCCGUUAAGUUCCGAUGUAGUUGACCUCCCUGAAAUCGUAGUUGCAACACCAUUGCAACCUCCCAUAUUAUCAUGGAAUUUAUACAUUCCUCUCCUUAAGGUUCUUGAAUAUCUUCCACGAGGUAGCCCAUCCGAAGCAUGUCUGAUGAAGAUAUUUGUUGCUACUGUCGAAUCAGUUCUUCAAAGAACAUUUCCGUCUGAGUCUCCCAAAGAACAAACUAGAAAAACAAGAUACUUUUCCAGCUUUGGUUCUGCUUCUAAAAAUCUAGCUGUCACAGAGCUUCGAACCAUGGUCCACUCGCUCUUCUUAGAAUCAUGUGCUUCUGUGGAGCUCGCUUCACGCCUACUCUUUGUCGUAUUGACUGUUUGUGUUAGUCAUGAAGCUCAAUCCAAUGGAAGCAAGAAAUUCAGACGUGAACAAAGUAUUGAUGAAAGGAUUGAGGACUUGCAAGCGGUACCCGAGAACCAUACAGGAAUAAGAAGGAGAAAGACUAAAAAGCAAGGUCCUGUUUCUGCAUUCGAUUCUUACGUCCUGGCUGCCGUUUGUGCUCUUGCUUGUGAGCUCCAGUUAUUUCCCUUUGCUGCUAGGGGAAGUGAUCAUUUAAACACUACAAAUUUACAGGAUGUAACAAAACUGGUCAAAGUAAAUGGCACUUCAACCGAACUUCAGAAUAGCGUUAGCUCAGCAGUAUGCCACACACACCGAAUUUUGGCCAUCUUAGAAGCACUUUUUUCUUUAAAGCCAUCUUCUGUGGGAACUUCAUGGAGUUAUAGUUCAAACGAGAUAGUUGCUGCAGCCAUGGUUGCAGCUCAUGUUUCAGAACUCUUUAGACGAUCAAAGGCUUGCAUGCACGCUCUCUCUAUCCUGAUGCGAUGCAAGUGGGACGACGAGAUUUACACCAGGGCAUCAUCAUUGUACAAUCUGAUAGAUAUACACAGCAAAGCAGUUGCUUCCAUUGUUAACAAAGCUGAACCUUUAGAAGCAAAUUUAAUACAAGUACCGAAAUGGAAGAAAUCUCUCGUUGGUUUAAACGGAAAAAAACAAAUUCAAUGUGAAGACAGUACCUGCUUUCAUCCUGGACAAUCUGUUCAAAAGUGUGACAAUUCGACCCAUUCAGAAACUAAGCUUGUGUUCGAGAGAACAUCAAAUUCAAAUGAAGAGUUGGGAAAUACUUUAGGGAAAGGUUUAGCAAGCUUCUCGAUUGAUGCUUCUGAUUUAGCCAACUUACUCACAAUGGAGAGGCAGAUAGGAUUCAACUGUUGUGCACAAGUUCUCUUAAGAUCAGUGCUUGCUGAGAAACAAGAAUUAUGUUUCUCUGUUAUUUCUCUACUGUGGCACAAGUUGAUUACAGCUCCUGAAACUCAACCGAGCGUGGAGAGCACUUCAGCCCAGCAAGGAUGGAGACAGGUAGUUGAUGCAUUAUGCAACGUGGUAUCAGCUUCCCCAGCUAAAGCAGCUACAGCAAUUGUCCUUCAGGCGGAGAGGCAGUUGCAACCUUGGAUUGCAAAAGAUGAUGAUCAAGGUCAGAAGAUGUGGAGAAUCAACCAGCGGAUCAUCAAACUCAUAGUUGAGCUGAUGAGAAAUCACGAUACUCCAGAAUCGCUGGUCGUAUUGGCGAGUGCAUUAGAUCUACUGUUGCGUGCCACAGAUGGCAUGCUUGUAGAUGGUGAAGCCUGUACUUUGCCACAACUAGAGCUAUUGGAAGCGACUGCUAGAGCAGUUAAGCCUGUACUGGAGUGGGGAGAAUCUGGACUGUCAAUUGCUGAUGGCCUUUCCAAUCUGUUAAAGUGUCGUCUACCAGCUACUGUUCGAUGCCUAUCUCAUCCAAGUGCACAUGUCCGAGCCUUAAGCACAUCGGUUCUUCGUGAUAUCCUGCACACCAGCUCGAUAAAUUCUAGUUCAAAAUCGGGAAACAUAAAUGGCAUUUAUCCCUCUUAUCAAUAUUUCAGUUCAGGUAUCAUUGACUGGAAAACAGAUAUUGAGAAGUGCUUAGGAUGGGAAGUUCAUAAUCAACUUGCAACUGGACUAUCAACUCAGUCUCUUCAAGCUGCUGCCGAGGAAUUAGGCUGCUCUAUUCCCCUAUGACGUCGGUAUAAGCUUAGGUUGUUCGUUAUUGUAACGACGUUGAAGUAUACGAGUUUGCGGAGACGAUUUACGCUAUGUUUCUUAUCUGAUACCAUAGAUUAUUUUUAUCCAAUAAUUCCUUGUUUGGUCCUGUUUACAUAUCCUCUCACCAAGAUGGUUGUGCCUAGGGAGACAGACAUUUUAUAAGGCCUUAUUGUGCGUUCAAUUAUU